AUGAUGUCAUCCAAGCCAACAGCCUUCCCCAGAAUGUGUGAAACCAAACCUAAUCUUUACCCACCAAGCUACUCUACGGCUCCUGGGUCUCAACAACCUCUGAGUUUCAUCAGCCUAGGAAACCAAGCGCAGAGUGGUCAGCCUCCCUUCAUUACUUCUCCAGGAACCUUCACCAACAGUCGGCAGGGUCCAGGAAAUAUACAAAUGGUAAGUUAAGCUAGAGGAGAAGCAGCUACAAGCUUUAAAGAAGAAGCAAAGACACUAGGGGCAAUCCAGAUCAUGACUGGAUUGAGGCACAUUGACUUCGGAAUUAUUGGGGGUUUAAUGGCCUCUAUUUAUAACCAAGAGUUGGGUUUUGCUUCCUUGUCUUUUAUUGGCGGAUAUCCAUUCUGGGGCGACCUCUCUUUCAUUAUUACUGGAGCACUCUCUAUUUCGGCAUCCAAGCAGUUUUCCCCUUGUCUGAUAAAAGGCAGCCUAGGAAUGAACAUUGUUAAUUCUGUCUCUGCCUUCAUGGGGGUGAUUCUGUUGCUGGUGGAUGUGAGCAUUAAUGGGCUGCCUAAUCAAGACUACUGGGAGUGGCUAAGUAUCCCAUCACCUACCAUGUGCCUCCUCUCUUUCCACUCACUUAGACUUGCUGGGAAAGGAAUUUCAGCCAUGCUGACCAUCUUCUCUCUUUAGGAGUUUUGCAUAACUUGUGUCACAGCACAUUUUGCCAGCCAAGCAAUCACCAACACCAAUGGGUCUGUCCUUGGUAUUCCAAUUGUGUAUGCAAAUAGUCCCUUGACAACAGGGUGGUCCUCAGUUCCUCCCAGAAAUGAUGGCCACCAAGCUCAUACCACCUAA